AUGGUUGGCACUGCUGACGUUAAGAACGGAACUUACAUUGGCCCCUGGGGUGCCCUUGGCUGCCCUACGCCCCAGCGGAUCGCUACCUACUCCCUCUCUGCCAACCGCCAGAGACCUCUUGCCGGUGCCUUCCACAGCGCCAUCUUCAACACCUUCCGUCGUUUCCGUCACCAGGUUCUCUAUGUGGCCCCUCCGUUCUUGAUCGCUUACGCCACCAUGAACUGGGCUGUUGAGAGAAACGAGUACCUCAACUCGAAGCCCGGCCGUCUCCUCGAGGGUGGUGACGAGUAA